CUAAUCCAUUCUUCCACAUUUCGCUGUCUUCUUCUUCUCCAUUUCUUCUGCAACAUCAACAACCCUAGAAUCAAUGACGUUACUCUCUCGAAUCCGUUCAUCGGCGUCUCUCUUCCGCCACCUCAACCCGUCGCCUCAAAUCCGCUCUCUCUCCUCCGCGUCAUCGAUCCUCUCGCCGGAUUCCAAAACCCCUCUCACUAGCAAGCAGAAGAGCAAAGCCGCUCUUUCUCUCCUCAAAACCGAGAAAGAUCCAGAUCGAAUCCUAGAAAUCUGCCGCGCAGCUUCUCUCACUCCCGAUUGCCACAUCGAUCGAAUCGCUUUCUCCGCCGCCGUCGAGAACCUGGCGGAGAAGAAACACUUCGCCGCCGUAACAAAUCUUCUCGAUGGGUUCAUCGAAACCCGACCCGAUCUCAGAUCGGAGCGUUUCGCCGCUCACGCAAUUGUUCUGUAUGCUCAGGCGAAUAUGCUUGACCACUCUUUACGAAUCUUCAAUGAGCUCGAGAAGCUUGAGAUCCCUCGUACGGUAAAAUCCCUAAACGCUCUUCUCUUUGCUUGCUUAGUAGCUAAGGAUUACAAGGAAGCGAAACGAGUUUACAUGGAGAUGCCUAAGAUGUACAAAAUCGAACCUGAUCUCGAAACUUACAACCGUAUGAUCAAAGUGUUUUGUGAAUCCGGGUCUGCUAGUUCGUCUUACUCCAUCAUCGCAGAGAUGGAGAGGAAAAGGAUAAAGCCGACGAGCUCUAGCUUCGGUCUCAUGAUCGCUGGAUUCUACCACGAGGGUAAGAACGAAGAAGUUGGGAAAGUGUUGGCAAUGAUGAAAGAGCGUGGGGUUAGUGUCGGUGUCUCGACUCACAACAUUAGGAUUCAGAGUUUGUGCAAAAGGAAGAAAUCUGCAGAGGCUAAGGCUCUGCUUGAUGGGAUGUUGUCUUCAGGGAUGAAGCCGAAUUCGGUUACUUAUGGUCAUUUGAUUCAUGGGUUUUGCAGUGAAGGUGAUUUAGAUGAGGCUAAGAAGUUGUUCAAGGUUAUGGUGAACAGAGGAUGUAAGCCUGAUAGUGAAUGUUACUUCACUCUCAUAUAUUACUUGUGUAAAGGUGGAGACUUUGAGACGGGUUUGAGUCUUUGUAAGGAGAGUAUGGAGAAGAAUUGGGUUCCGAGUUUUGGUAUCAUGAAAUCGCUUGUCAACGGAUUAGUUAAGGAUUCGAAAGUCGAAGAAGCAAAGAAGCUCAUUGCGCAAGUAAAAGAGAAGUUCACUAGAAAUGUCGAGUUGUGGAAUGAAGUCGAAGCCGCAUUGCCUCAAUAAAAUCAAAGAUUUUGGUAUUUUUAAGUUUACAAAUUUUCUCUUCAGAUGAAAAAUCUUUACUUGUGUCAGAAAUGAAAUAAUUUUUAGACUAUAGUAAUCUAUUGAGAGCAUCUUGGUAGCUAUAGAUAAAUUCUGUUUUAUGUUUGGCCCAUGUUAGAUUUUUCAGACAUAAUCAAGGAAAACUCAUGAACUCAUAGGUUUUUCAGUUUUGAUUUUGGGAUUAAGGUAUCUGUAAGAUUGGUCAAAGCAA